AUGGCUGCUGAAACCGAGACGGCAGCGGCUCAAGGCAGAUCAGUUGAUGUCGUUAAUGAUGUAAAUGCUGACCUUGAAGCUUCCAAUGACGUCGAGAACGGCGCUGGAGCUGAGGCUCUCCUCAACGUCACGAUUGUGCUACCCGGCUCGAAGCCUUCUAAGGUGCAAAUAAUGGUGUCAUCUCAGGAGCAGGUCCACGAAGUUCGACAGUCUAUCAUUGAUCUUCCCGCCGCAUUCCGAUACACCUGCUUCCACCUGGAAUUCAAGGGCAAAAAGGUUCAGGACUUCAUAACAAUUGGCGAAAUUCCUGAAAUUGGACCCGACCCAGAGUUCCACCUCGUCGAAGACCCCUAUACCGAAAAGGAGGCGCGCAUUCACCUCGUUCGAAUUCGCGAGCUCAUUGGCGCUGCCGGCAACCGAGUUGAUACUACCCAGGGUGUACUAGCUGGUACCUCUCUUUUCGAGACUGCGAGCGCGGGCACUCAACAGUCCGGUGAAGACCCCAAAGAGCAGUCCAAAGGGCAGACUCAACAAGAACAGUACGAUUUUCAAGGGAUCCCUCCUCUAGUCAGCCUUGUUGCGGAACAGACAACUACCGCCCCUAAGACUGUCAAAACCAUCGCCUUAUCGACCUGGAACCCUCCUCCUUGUUACCUGAGACAGCGUGGCCACCUUCUUUACCUCGUCGUGACGACAAACGAAGGUGAGCAGUUCCAGGUCACUGCGCACGUGUCUGGCUUCUACGUCAACAAGUCAUCCAACGCAAAGUUCGACCCAUCGCCGCGUGCAGCACCCAAGGGCCAGGCUGCGCACUCACUCCUGGAGCUAAUCGAUCUCAUCUCGCCAUCUUUUGGCGAGACCUUCCAGCAGCUACAGGAAUACAACAAUAGCAAGGAUCCUCUUUCCACCUUUCAGCUCACUAACGCAAUUCCGGCUGCUCCCUGGGUGGUCCCCUCGCCAAACUCGGCUCUCUGUACUCAUGAGCCGGACGCCACACGGCCCCAGGAGACUUACCUCCUCGCCGGAGUCGAUAACACCGACACCCUGCGAGACUGGAACGAAGAAUUUCAGUCCGCCAAGGAGCUUCCCAAGGAAACGGUCCAGGAUCGAGUAUUCCGCGAGCGACUCAUCUCGAAGCUCUUUGCUGACUACAAUGAUGCUGCUACCAAGGGCGCUGUCAUGGUUGCUCGUGGCGAAAUUGCACCUCUCAAUCCAACAGAAUGCGUCGACGCUCAGAUUUUCGUUUACAACAAUAUUUUCUUCUCUUUCGGGGCUGAUGGCGUUGGUACAUUCACCUCUGAGGGAGGUGACGAGGCUGCUCGGGUUGCCACCGGCAAGGACGUUGCUGGUGUACAUUUGGUGAACCAACUUGACAUCGAUGGCCUAUUCACACCCGCCACUGUUGUUGUCGACUAUCUUGGGAAGCGUAUCGUUGGUCAGAGUAUUGUACCUGGAAUCUUCAAGCAGCGAGAACCUGGCGAGAACCAGAUCGACUACGGCGCAGUUGAUGGGAAAGAUGUUGUUGCCGCUGAUGAGCGCUUCGUCGGCCCAUUCAGCAAGCUGUCAAGGGCGUUGAAGGUGAAACCUCACGCUGUAUGGGAUAAGGACGGGAAGAAAUUCGAGUUGGAAGCCAGUGUUGAGACGAAGGGUCUGAUGGGCACCGAUGGUCGCAAAUAUAUCCUUGACCUGUACAGAAUCACACCAUUCGAUAUCCCUUGGUUGGAAGAAAAGGCGAAAGACACUGAAGAGGACUCUGCCACCAGCUAUCCUCAUCGCAUGACCGUGCUCCGACCUGAGCUAGUCGAUUCUUUCGGCCGCCUCCGCAUGAAGCAAUGGAUCGAUAGGGAAGUUGUAGAGCACGCCAAAGAGACUGCUAGCAAGGAAGAGGAUGACGAGAAGGAACCCGGGGACGCCAAGAAGAAGGAUUCCUGGCAGCCUGAUCUGUCCAAGUUCAAGUUCUCUCUUAACCCGGAUGUCUUCAGUGGACAAGUACCACAGACUCCCGAAGAGACCGCGGAACUGGAAGCUGAUGAGAAGGAGGUGCGAGCUGCUUGCACAUACUUGCGAGAACAGGUCAUUCCGGGCCUGCUUCGCGAGCUGUCUGAUUCAGAUGUUAGCUUUCCUAUGGAUGGUCAGUCACUGAGCCGUCUCCUGCACAAGCGUGGUAUCAACAUCAGAUACCUUGGUCAGAUGGCGUCGCUCGCUACCGACGGCCGACUCAAGUGUCUGCGUGAAAUUUGUAUCCAAGACAUGGUGUCUCGUGCAAUCAAGCACAUCUCGGCCACCUAUCUUCGUGCGCUCCCUCUCGCCUUCGCCCCAGCUUGCAUUGCUCACUUGUUCAACUGCCUGCUGGGCUACAAGGUUAACCCCAAACCUCAUAGCGACCUUGAUGCCCAGCUUCGAUCGCUCUAUAAGGACACCGACUUUUCUUUCGAGGAUGUCACGCCCGAGAGCCUACGUCGUAGUAUUAAAGAGGAAAUCUUUAAGCGAUACAGAUAUCAUCUGGAACUUGGGUGGUUCGAGACUCUCCGCCCCAUUCAGUUGCUUCGCGAAAUUUCUCUGAAGCUUGGUCUUCAGAUCGAGGCCAAGAACUACCUCUUUGACGGUUCUGUGUCAAAACCGAACGACACUAAUGGCGCCAGUGAGACCUGUCAGGCCAACGGUCAGACUCAAGGGGAUGCCAAAAAGAACAAGAAGAAGAAGGCCACCCGUGAGGGUUCUCCCGCUGCUGUUCAAGGCCCCGUCUCUACUUUCGGCCCAGAUGACAUUAUUGACAUUGUUCCGAUCGUGAAGCACACCUGCCCACGCAGCGCUCUGGCCGAGGAGGCUCUGGAGGCUGGCAGAAUCUCUAUUAUCCAGGGCCAGAAAAAGCUAGGCCAGGAACUUCUCUUGGAGUCGCUGUCUCUUCAUGAACAAAUUUACGGUAUCUUGCAUCCUGAGGUGGCUCGCGUCUACAACAGCCUGUCCAUGCUGUACUACCAGCUUGAUGACAAAGAGGCCGCUGUGGAGCUCGCCCGCAAGGCUAUUAUUGUGUCUGAGCGUACCGUUGGUGUUGACUCUGCCGAGACCCUCCUCAACUAUCUGAACUUGAGUCUCUUCCUCCACCAAGCCGGUGAUAGCAAAUCUGCGCUUGUUUUCUCCAAGCAUGCUCUGGACUUGUGGAAGAUCAUUUACGGACCUGGACAUCCCGAUUCCAUCACGACUAUCAACAACGCGGCUGUGAUGCUGCAGCAUCUGAAGGAAUACCACGAAUCUCGACUGUGGUUUGAAGAGUCUCUCCGAGUCUGCGAGUCGGUGUUCGGAAAGCAAUCUGUCAACUCUGCCACUCUGCUGUUCCAGCUAGCACAGGCCUUGGCGCUCGAUCAUGAUUCUAAGGGAGCUGUGAACCGCAUGCGCGAGUCUUUCAACAUCUUUUUGAGCGAACUUGGUGCCGAGGACAAGAACACCAAGGAAGCUGAGAGCUGGCUGGAGCAGCUCACGCAAAACGCUGUAUCAAUUGCCAAACACGCCAAGGACGUGCAGGGACGCCGUAUCAAGUCUGGUAUUCGCGCACCCUCACAGACGCUUGCUCCCGCACCCCCGCAACGUGGCGGCUCGCAGGUGGACUCGCGAAGCCUUGACGAGUUGAUCAAGUUUAUUGAAGGUGAUCAGGGGGUAAAGUCCAAGAAGCGCACCGGUCGCGGCAACCCCAAGAGAAGAGGCCAGGCCGCGUGA